GGCUCCGUAGUUAGUGUAGCAAUAGCUCGCCCGGUGUGUCUCUCGCCCGGUGUGUCUCUCACCUGGUGUGUCUCUCGCCUGACAGGUUGGAAGCUCGUUUUUCAGGCUGAACCAAAACCUCCCCCCCACACCCUGUCACAGGAGCUGUUAGGUCGACCGGUGUUAGAAAAGAGAACAAUCCCGGGAACACUCUAGAAACUUAAACGUCCUCCCUACCAUCUCCUCGGAACACAGCAGCAGGUGAAAGGAUGGAGACCCACAGCCAGAUUCUGGACAGGUUGCGUUCUGCUUUUCGGUCCGGUAUCACGGUACCAGAGGCGUUCCGUCAAGCUCAGCUAAAACAGCUCAUGUCCCUGAUGACAGAAAAUGAAGAUCAGAUUUUAGAUGCAAUGAAGAAAGACCUCGCCAAGCCCAAAUUUGAGUCCGUCAUAGCUGAGGUGGAUAUGGUGAUCAAUGAGCUGCACUUCACCAUCGCUAACCUGAACAGCUGGAUGCAGCCGGAGUACGUCAGCAAGAACCUGGCCACAAAGCUAGAUGAUUGUUUUGUGCGGAGGGAGCCGUUGGGGGUGGUGUUGAUCAUCGGCCCAUGGAACUACCCCCUGCAGCUCCUCCUCUCACCUCUGAUCGCAGCCAUUGGUGCAGGUAACUGUGCCAUCCUCAAGCCUUCAGAGGUCAGCGCCGCCACAGAUGCUCUUGUCGCAGAGCUCAUCCCAAAAUAUAUGUCUCAGGACUGUUAUGCUGUAGUCCGCGGGGCAGCAGAGGAGACCAAGGCUCUACUGAAGAACCGAUUCGACCACAUCUUCUACACAGGUUCUCAGGCCGUGGCUCGCCACAUCCUGCAUGCGGCCGCGGACCACCUGACCCCUGUGACCUUGGAGCUGGGUGGGAAGUGUCCGUGCCUGAUAUACGGUAAGGUGAACAUCACCUACGCCGCGCGCCGGCUGGCCUGGUCAAAGUUCUUUAACACGGGCCAGAGCUGUGUGGCUCCGGACUUCUUGGUGUGCUCGAAGGCCACCAGGGACGCCCUGCUGCCCGCACUGAGACAAACCCUGGAGGAUUUCUACAGCAAGGAGCCCGAGAGCUCCGCCGACCUGCCACGCAUCGUGUCCCCAAGACACUGGACCCGACUCAUGGAGCUGCUCAAGAGGUCCAAGGGAAAGGUGGUGAUGGGAGGAGAGAGCAACGAGGAGAACAAGUACAUCGCUCCCACAGUGCUGGUGGACGUGGCUGAAGAUGACGCUCUGAUGGAGGAGGAGAUCUUCGGCCCCUUCCUGCCCAUCCUCACCGCAGAGACUCUGGAGGAAGCCAUCGCCUUAAUCAACCGUCAAGAGAAGCCACUGGCCCUCUACGUGUUCUCUGAAGAGUCCUCUGUGGUGAACACGGUGCUGGAGAAGAGCAGCAGCGGAGGAUUCUGCUCCAAUGACGGGAUCAUCCACAUGGCGCUGCCAACGCUGCCUUUCGGGGGUGUAGGGGCCAGCGGUUUCGGCAGUUACCACGGCCGCUGGGGCUUUGAGACCCUCAGCCACCAGAGGGCCGUCAUGCUGCGGGGGUGGACCUUGGAGAGACUCAACGGCCUGCGCUACCCCCCCCUACACAGAGGACAAGCUGAGCUGGCUGCGCUGGACCACCUCUGCCAAACCCAGCUGCUCACUCAUGUGAUGUGAGACCUUGUUAAGGCAUCUGCUGUAACUCUAUACACGUUCAAAAGCAGUUGACUUGAAGACGAGGGAACCCGAUGUGGUAAAAUGCUGAAUCAUUUCCGAGUUUUAGAACUGAUUCCUGCACCUCUCUAUAAUGAGCACGGACUAAUGUUGGCGUUUGUUUUCCCAGAUGGAGCUCCUGUAUUUCCCCAAUGUGUUUCUGUCUCAUGCAGAGCAGUACCGCUGGUCAGUUAACCUCACUGUCAUAUUUUCUGAAGGAUUCAAAAGUGAUAUAUUUGUUCCUUUUUGACAACUGUUUGCCUCUUAUGUGUGUGUACGCCUAGGAGGCUAUAAACCUGAUUCUCAUUGUGUGUGUGUUGUUUGGGAUAUACUGUGAUUAAUCAUGUGUUGGUUGAUUGUGUGUAUUACUGGGUGUUUCGCCCCUGUCUCUUAGCAUGACACGUCUUUUUGCCACUAUUAUAUUGUGUAUUUCUAUUGAGUUUGAUACAUCCACACUUCAUUUGAAGUCAUUGAUAAUGUACAGCUUUAUUUUAUUAGUGAAACCUUUUAAAAUGGCUGAUCUGUUUAAUACACUGAUAUUUUGACCUGGAUAAAUAGAGAAUGGGAUUACAGCGUUUUUGUUUUUUUCACCUUAUUGGGUUACUUGACACUGUAAAUGUUUAUACUGUUUUCCAUGAAAUACUACUAAUAAAUAAAAAAUCGUCUUUUA